AUGGCCGGUCUUCCUCCUGUUUACAUUGUGUCGGUGGCCCGUACGCCAAUCGGUUCGUUUCUUGGCUCGCUGUCGAGCUUAACAGCCAUUCAACUAGGUUCUACUGCUAUCAGGGCUGCUGUUGAGCGAGCCGGUAUUGAAUCUAAGGAGGUUAACGAGAUCUAUUUUGGCAAUGUCCUAAGUGCUGGUCUUGGUCAGGGCCCUGCCCGGCAAUGCGCUAUAGGAGCUGGCCUCCCCCAGACCACUAUCGCUACUACCGUGAAUAAGGUCUGCGCCUCGUCUUUGAAGGCCAUUAUUCUUGGUGCUCAGAAUAUCAUGCUAGGCACCUCCGAUAUUGUUGUUGCUGGCGGUACCGAGUCUAUGUCUAAUACCCCCCACUACCUAGUCGGUCUCAGAACCGGUGUAAAAUACGGCGACCAGACCUUGAAUGAUGGCGUUCUCAAGGACGGCGUGACAGAUCCGUAUGAUAUGGAGCACAUGGGUAUUGCUGGCGAGCUUUGCGCUCGAGAGUAUGGUCUCUCCCGUAAGGCUCAAGAUGAGUAUGCAAUCAAAUCGUACAAGAAGGCCCAGGCUGCCACCGAAGCUGGUCUCUUCACCGAGAUUGUUCCUAUAGAGAUCAGCAGUGGCCGAGGGAAGCCUUCCUACAAGAUUGAACGGGACGAUGAUAUCAAGAACCUUGAUAUCGACAAGCUUAAGGCAAAGGGCCCCGUUUUUAGACCAGAUGGGACCAUCACUGCACCUAACUCUGCUCCAAUCAACGAUGGUGCCGCCGCUGUCGUUCUUGUCUCCGAGGCCAAGCUCAAGGAGCUAAACCUCAAGCCACUCGCCCGGAUUCUCGGCUGGGGUGAUGCUGAGCGAGAGCCUGAACGUUUCACUGUUGCCCCCUCACUGGCCAUUCCCAAGGCCAUUAAGCACGCUGGUCUGACCGCUGAGCAUAUCGACUUGUAUGAGAUAAAUGAGGCUUUCUCCGCGGUAGCCCUCGCAAAUAUCAAAAUUCUUGGUCUUAACCCCGAAAAGGUUAACGUGUAUGGUGGCUCUGUUGCCAUUGGCCACCCGCUUGGUUGUUCUGGUGCCCGCAUCGUCACUACCCUUACCUCGGCACUUAAAGAGAAGAAGGCUAGGAUUGGCUGCGCUGGUAUUUGCAACGGCGGGGGUGGUGCCUCUGCUCUGAUCAUUGAGAACAUGCAGUACAUAGACUAG